UCUGAUUGCCAAGAAUUCUUAUGAGUGACUGGUGCUAGUUGUCUUCAUGGGUUGCUACCAUUCAAAGAGAACUAAAAAGACACCUGGGUACGAGGAGCCAACAGUUCUUGCUGCUGAAACACCCUUUACAGUUAGCGAAGUAGAGGCCUUGUAUGAACUCUUUAAGAAACUAAGCAGUUCAGUCAUUGAUGAUGGGCUUAUUCACAAGGAAGAACUUCAGCUUGCACUAUUCAGGAACAAAAACAAGAGGAACCUUUUUGCAGACAGGACUUUUUAUUUAUUUGAUGUCAAGCGCAAUGGAGUAAUUGAGUUCGGAGAAUUUGUUCGAUCUUUGGGUGUCUUUCAUCCAAAUGCACCAGUUGAAGACAAGAUCCAUUUUGCUUUCAGAUUAUAUGAUUUACGGCGAACUGGUUUCAUUGAACGAGAAGAGUUGAAGGAGAUGGUAAUGGCACUUCUGCAUGAAUCUGAUCUACUGCUGUCCGAUGACUUUGUUGAAAAAAUUGUCGACAAGACAUUUCGUGAUGCAGAUUUGAAAGGUGAUGGAAAAAUCGAUCCUGACGAGUGGAAGGAAUUUGUGUCGAAGAACCCUUCUCUUAUAAAGAACAUGACUCUACCUCAUUUAAAGGAUUUAACUUUGGCGUUUCCCAGCUUCGUGUCAAAAACUGAAGUUGAAGAUUCAGAAAUGUAGCAGAAAAGUAUCAAUUAUAUAAUUUCUAGCAUGGGGCGCUUUUGAAUAAUCAGAGCUCAACUAAAAAGAUGUUGGAAUCUGCAUGAAUGCCGAUAGAAGGGCUAGAAACUCUUGAUUUUACAACCCUCUGAAAUGCAACCAUGAUUUGAUCGAGGUGCAACUUAUUAGCCAUUUUAAGCCUCUUGGUUUUGUUCUUUAAUGCAGAGUCAGCACAGCUUAGUUUGCUUCAUGUUUUGCACAAGUAUAUUGCAUUUCAGCAGAAGAAAUUCAGUGGUGGUAUGUUUUGAAAAUGUAUGUGGUAGUAUUUAAGCAGAUACUGUUAAGAGUUGUGUUUUUGUAUUUACUGCUGUUUUUCUUUAAAGAGACAGGUAGCAUGCUCCAUCUGUUUCCAAAUCAAUAUAUGAUUGAAAAAUUAAGGCA